AUCAUUUAAAGAAUACGUCCUUAAUUCUCUGUGUAAUUGAAUGACCCGGCCCAUAAAAGUUAUAUUUGACCCGACCCAGCCCAAUGUAAUAACGAAGGUUAAACCCUGACUGGUUUUGUAGCUGCCACCAUCAAUCUCAAAUCCCAUCACCACCACUCCCACUCACCGACGAUGAGCGUUCCGAAAGCGGUUGCAGCGACGAUCCGAUUGAGAGUUCCAGCCGGCGGCGCACGUCCCGCGCCACCAGUGGGACCCGCACUAGGUCAAUACCGUCUUAACCUAAUGGCAUUCUGCAAAGACUUCAACGCGCGAACUCAGAAAUUCAAGCCAGACACACCAAUGGCGGUUACAAUUACAGCUUACAAAGACAACACGUUCGAGUUCAUAGUGAAAUCUCCGUCCGUCUCGUGGUACCUGAAGAAAGCCGCCGGAAUCGAAUUAGGCAGUACUCGCCCCGGUCACGUGACCGCCACGACUCUGUCUCUUCGGCACGUGUACGAGAUCGCUAAGGUGAAACAAUCCGAUCCGUUUUUGCAGAACAUGCCUCUUGAGUCGCUUUCGAAAUCGAUUAUCGGUACGGCUAGUAGCAUGGGAAUCAAAAUUGUGAAGGAUCUUGAUUGAAUUUGAUUAAGGGAAUUCAAAGUUUGGUUUUGAAAUUGUUCAAUAAUGGCGUUGAUUGUUGUUUAUUCUGUUUCUAAUGGUUUUGUUGUGUUGAAUACAAGUUUAGUGGAAGAAAGUGAUUAUAAUCUUAUUGUUACUUAGCUGAUAGAUUUUUAAUCAGUCAAAUCUAUGCUAAUGGAGAGUAUUAAUUAUGGUUA